AGGAGGAGAAGAAGCAUGAAAACAGCUGGAUUUCUGAGGCGGCGUGAGGGAUAGUGAGACACUCUGGAUUUCAGGAGAAACCCCCUUCCUCCAUUCUCUUUGGCUUGUUUGUUUCCCGAGAAUCCGUAGGGUUACUGUGCGAGUCUUUUUUCGGUUGUGUAAUUGAAUGCUCGGGAAAGAAAGAAAAAGGAAAUCGGAAUCUGAAACCUAAAUGGAGUUGAGCGUGCAAUCUGUAGAUGAAGCGGUGGAGGAGAUCAUGAGAAUCCAUAGAUCUCUGCCGCCGCGGCCUGAGAUCGACGAGGUUGAAGCGGCGAGAACGUUGAUUCGGAAUGUGGAGAAGGAGGAUCAGGUGAGACUGGAAGCUAUUGCGAGGCAAACCAAGAGUCCGGAUGUUCCCGAGGAGCUGUUCAUGGUGCUUCAGGAGAUGCGGAAGAAUUUGGUUUAUUUCCACAGUAAGGAGCAGAAGAGGGAGGCGUUGAAAUUGCUGGAUCUUGAGAACCUCCAUGCCCUGUUCGAUGAAUUUAUUCAGAGAGCCAACAAUUGCCUCAAUUCUCCGUCUUCUACUUCUCCUCCGUCGUGGUCGUCCAGCUCUCAUAAUUAUUCCAGCGGUUCUGUUUCCACGGUUUCUUCUACUUCCAGUUUGCCCAAGACCUUCGCUUCUGCUUCCAUUACCCUGAAGCCAUCCGCUGCCACUGCAAGUAGUUCGAGUUCCUUCUACUCGGAGAAGGGGCCGGCGAAGACUACUGAAUUGUUCACUAGAGAUGACAGCUAUGUGAGGAAGACCAAGUCAUCUUUUUACAGUGACGGACCUAGUAGUAUUUCGUCCUCAACUCAGAUAUGGGAUUCCACCAUCCGACAUGGGAGUGCUUCAGGUUCAGGUCAAGAUGGUGGUGAUAAGUUGAGUCUAAUUAAGCUUGCCAGCUUGAUCGAAAUCUCUUCAAAGAAGGGUACUCGGGAUCUCGACCUCCAAAACAAGUUAGCAGAUCAAGUUGAGUGGCUUCCUGACUCUAUAGGGAAGUUAUCAACCUUGAUUACACUUGAUUUAUCUGAGAAUCGGAUUGUUACAUUGCCAGACACAAUUGGAGGCCUUUCAUCCUUGACAAAGCUUGAUUUGCAUUCAAACAGAAUUGCUCAACUCCCAGAUUCAAUAGGAGACCUCCUUAGCCUGCUCAGUCUAGAUCUCAGGGGUAACCAGUUGUCGUCUCUGCCUGCUACUUUUGGUAGAUUGGUUCGCCUUCAAGAGCUUGAUUUGAGCUCAAAUAAGCUUGGUUCCCUCCCUGAUUUGAUAGGUUCACUUGUUAGUCUGAAGAUAUUGAAUGUGGAGACAAAUGACAUUGAAGAAAUUCCACAUUCUAUUGGUCGGUGUGCUUCACUCAGGGAGCUUCGUGCUGAUUAUAACCGGGUUAAAGCCCUACCAGAAGCUGUUGGGAAGAUAGCAACUCUAGAGGUUUUGUCUGUGCGAUAUAACAACGUUAAACAGUUGCCUACAACUAUGUCAACUCUGACAAACCUGAAGGAGCUUAAUGUGAGUUUCAAUGAGCUUGAGUCUGUACCUGAGAGCUUGUGUUUUGCCACUUCACUAGUCAAGAUGAACAUAGGAAACAAUUUUGCUAAUCUGAGGUCCCUACCAAGAUCUAUAGGAAACUUUGAGUUGCUUGAGGAGCUGGAUAUCAGCAAUAAUCAGAUCCAGACCCUUCCAGACUCUUUCAGGAUGCUAACACGACUUAAGGUCCUGUGUGUAGAAGGAAAUCCUCUGGAAGUGCCUCCUAGACAUGUUGCUGAAAUGGGUGCACAGGCAGUUGUUCGGUACAUGGUUGAUCUUGUGGAGAAAAGAAAUGUAAAGGCGCCACCUGUGAAGCCAAAAAAGAGUUGGGCUCAGAUGUGCUUCUUUUCAAAAUCUAACAAAAGGAAACGAAAUGGAUCAGACUAUGUAAAAGCCUGAUUUAUAGCAUUGCUGGGAAGAAAAUGAUCUGAUUUUCCUGCAGGGUGAAUUCUAGCUGAAGUGUCAAAUGAUCUCUGCAUAAUUUCUCUAGUCAUUCUUAUUUUCCUCAUGAAGCAUUACAUGGGAUUCAGUUCAUAUAUGAUAUACUUUGAUAACCGUAAGACAACCAUCCUGAAUUGAAGAUGGAGUUUAAAUAAGUGCCAUUGUUAUGGUUCUGGUGAUCAGCAUUGAAACUUAUGGCAACUCGUGCUUUUGUUACUUAUCUUACAGGGUGGGGGCUCCGAGCAGUUGGCAGGUGAAAUGAAAACCAAUCUUAACAACAUGAUUGGAGUUGAGAAUUAGCAUAAAAGGUGGCCCUGACAUUUGCUCCUUAAGACUCAAACUGUAGAUUUCAUUCCACUUUCCUCCCUUUUGGCAUUGUAUCUUUUUCCCCUUUUGAGAAAUUUUCAAUCUGUAAUUCUGUUGUUUAUUCAGUAUACUGAGGUUGUAUUUGUACAAUUCAGCCGGCUAACAGGAAGGGAAAGCCAAAUGUUGUAAUCUGUGUAUCUCUCCUUUUGUACAAUGAAGUUUUUGCUUACCACUUGAAUAGAAUUUGUUUAUUUGA